AUGAUGUCCCCAGAGGAGUUAGAGUCCUUCAACAAAAACGGGUUUCUAGUAAUACCAAAUUUCCUAUCCAAAUCAAAGUGCGAGGAACUCCUGACCAGAUCGCAUAAAUAUCUUGGAGAUUUUGAUCUCACGAAUCACCCAUUAACACAAUUUACCACAAGCGACAAAGGAGACCUUGGUGAUGAGUACUUUUUGAAUUCAUCUGAUAAUGUGUCUUUUUUCUUCGAACCAAGCGCGUUCGCAGACAUUGACGGUCAAAAGCAGUUAAUCAAACCAAAGGAGAAAGCUGUCAACAAGUUUGGGCAUGGCUUGCACUUGUGCGAUCCAGAUUUUGCUGAAAUCACUACAGAGAGUCGCAGGGUCCGAGAAAUAGCAAAAAGCUUAGGGUUCCACAAGCCCAGGGCGUUGCAAUCAAUGGUUUUAUGCAAACAACCAGAAAUUGGUGGUGCCGUUCCAUCACAUCAAGACAGUGUCUUCCUAUACACGGAUCCCGAAAGUGCAAUAGGAUUCUGGAUUCCGCUGGAAGAUGCAACGAUUGAAAAUGGAUGUCUCAGCUUCUCGCCUGGUUCUCAUUUGACCCACCCAAUAACCAAACGGUUCGUGAGGAGAUUUGAUAAAGACUCCGGGGAUGCACUAAACGGUACUGAAUUCCAGUACUUCGAAAACGGCGAAGAAAUUGAGAAAAAUCUAUCAAGAGAUGAAAACGUUGCGUGGAAGAGUGUAGAGUGUAAGGCGGGACAACUUGUAUUAAUACACGGUUCCGUUCUGCACAAAAGUGGGACGAACACAUCCAAUAAAUCUCGUUUUGCGUAUGCCUUUCACUUGAUUGAAGACGAAGCUAACUAUGAUGAGUUGAACUGGCUUCAGUCAAAGGUAAAAUCUAUCUUGUAA